GGCCUGCGCUGCCUGGGUCUGAGAGAGCAGACAAACUUGCGUAGUCUUACCACCACGGUUCUCGGUGUCUGCCUUGCCUCCCCCCUCCGUGGACGACCGGAGCGGACAAGAGGAAACUGGGAUUGUUAUUACCGGGAAGGCGGCUUCUUUCGGGGACCCUACGAUGAUUUAAUUGCUGAAAGACCCCGGGGUCUGGGAGUGGGAGGGAGACGGAGAAACACGAGAGGAGAGAGGAGCAGCCUCAGCCUUUGGAGAUGUGCGGUCGGGCCGAGAUUGCGGCGGUAUCCCUGUAUAAGCCUGCACCGAGCAGAUUGUUCUGAGAGGAAGCGGAUAACAAACAGGGGAAGUGAACAUGGCUGGGACCUCUGGCUUCUUUUCCAACGGACCUGUGCCGUGGAUGGACAACGACACGGAGAUGAACAACCUGUACCGAGACCUGGAGCUGGGGACAGUACUGACGCUCUUUUAUUCUAAGAAGUCCCAGCGGCCGGAGAGAAGGACAUUUCAAGUAAAGCUGGAGACCAGGACUAUUAUCUGGACUCGGGGCACGGAUAAAAUAGAGGGAGAGAUUGACAUCCGAGAGAUCAAGGAGAUCCGUCCCGGACAGAAGUCUCGGGACUUUGAGCGCUAUGUGGAGGACUCGGCCAGUCGGCUGGAUCAGGCGCACUGUUUUGUCAUCCUGUACGGCACAGAGUUUCGCCUCAAGUCCCUCAGCCUGGCAGCCACGUCUGAUGAGGAGAUGACCAUGUGGGUGAAGGGCUUGAACUGGCUCGUGGCCGACACGCUCAAGUCCCCCACACCGCUGCAGAUAGAGAGGUGGUUACGCAAACAGUUCUACGCGGUUGAUCGCAACAGAGAAGACAGGAUAUCCUGUAAGGAUCUGAAGAACAUGCUGAGCCAGGUCAACUACAAGGUGCCCAACAUGAAGUUCCUCCGAGAGAAACUUCCGGACUCGGAGCUGAGGAACGGAGACGUGUCCUUCAGCCAGUUUGCCCAGCUGUAUCGUAGCCUCAUGUUUGAUGCUCAGAGAAACCUGGAUAUUCUGUUUCUACAAAGGUUCUCUGACAAUCAAGAGCGCAGGAUCUCCUUAGAGGACUUCAAGAACUUCCUCCUGGAGUAUCAGAAGGAAAUGUGGGCCACAGACAACAACAAGGUCCAGGAGUUCAUGUUCGGCUACCUGAAAGACCCCCUGAGGGAAGUGGAGCAGCCUUAUUUCCAACAAGACGAGUUCCUCACCUACCUGUUCUCUAAAGAGAACACCAUCUGGGAUUCCACCUUGGACCAAGUGUGUCCUGAGAACAUGAACAACCCCCUGUCCCACUACUGGAUCUCCUCCUCACACAACACCUACUUGACGGGAGACCAGUUUUCCAGCGAAUCGUCUCUGGAGGCGUACGCUCGCUGUCUGAGGAUGGGCUGCCGCUGUAUUGAAUUGGACUGCUGGGAUGGUCCAGAUGGAAUGCCAGUCAUCUACCACGGGCACACCCUCACGACAAAAAUCAAGUUUUGUGAUGUCCUGGCCACCAUCAAAGAGCACGCCUUCGUCACAUCCGAGUAUCCCAUCAUCCUGUCCAUCGAGGACCACUGUAGCAUUGUGCAGCAGAGGAAUAUGGCCACCUGCUUCAAGAAGGUGUUCGGAGACAUGCUGCUCACCAAGGCGGUGGACAUCGCAGCAGACGGUCUGCCCUCACCCAACCAGCUCAAGAGGAAGAUCCUCAUCAAGCAUAAGAAACUUGCGGAAGGCAGCGCCUAUGAGGAAGUGUCCACCUCCACUCCCUACUCAGAGAAUGACAUCAGCAACUCCAUAAAAAAUGGCAUCCUGUUCCUGGAGGAUCCCAUUAACCACGAGUGGUACCCUCAUUUCUUUGUCCUGACCAGCAGUAAGAUCUAUUACUCAGAGGAGACCUCCAGUAAUCAGGGCAACGAUGACGAGGAGGAGCACCGAGAGGUGUCUAAUGGCAUGGACCAGCACGUGACGGAGAAGUGGUUCCACGGAAAGCUUGGCGCUGGACGGGACGGGCGUCAGAUAGCUGAGAGGCUCCUGUCCGAGUACUGCCUGGAGACCGGCGCCCCCGACGGCUCCUUCCUGGUCCGGGAGAGCGAGACGUUUGUGGGAGACUACACGCUGUCUUUCUGGCGUUCGGGCCGAGUGCAGCAUUGUCGCAUCCACUCUCGUCAGGAGGCGGGAAGCCCCAAGUUCUACCUGACUGACAACCUGGUGUUUGACACGCUCUUUGCCCUGAUCACCCACUACCAGCAGGUGGCGCUGCGCUGCAACGAGUUUGAGAUGAAACUGACUGAGCCGGUUCCUCAGACCAAUGCCCACGAAAGCAAAGAGUGGUAUCACGCCAGUCUGUCGAGGAGUCAGGCGGAGAACAUGCUGAUGAGGGUGCCUCGUGACGGGGCUUUCCUCGUCAGGAAGAGGGCAGAGCCGAACUCCUUCGCCAUUUCCUUCAGGGCGGAGGGAAAGAUUAAGCACUGUCGUGUGCAGCAGGAAGGUCAGACCGUGGUGCUGGGCACCUCAGAGUUUGACAGCCUCGUAGAUCUCAUCAGUUACUAUGAGAAGCAUCCUCUGUACCGCAAAAUGAAACUACGAUAUCCCAUCAAUGAGGACACACUGGAGAAGAUAGGCACUGCUGAGCCAGACUACGGGUCACUGUACGAGGGCAGGAAUCCAGGCUUUUAUGUGGAGGCUAACCAAAUGCCAACAUUCAAGUGCACUGUCAGAGCCAUGUACGAAUACAAAGCCCAGAGAGACGACGAGCUCUCCUUCACCAAGAACGCUGUCAUCUCUAACGUGGACAAACAGGAAGGAGGCUGGUGGAAAGGUGACUGUGGCGGGAAGAAGCAGCUGUGGUUUCCUGCGAACUACGUGGAGGAGAUCAGUCCGUCAGCAGCAGAGCCAGACAGAACGGAGAUGACAGAAAACAGCCCUCUGGGAGAUCUGCUGAGAGGAAGUGUGGACGUGUCUUCCUGUCAGAUCGUCGUGCGUCUUGAAGGGAAGGGCAGCAGGCCUCACGUCUUCUCGCUGGUGCCGAGUACCUCCAUGCGUACGGGCCCGGUGUUGGAUGUAGCUGCCAGCAGCGCCGAGGAACUCAAGGAGUGGGUGCUGAAGAUCCGUGAGGUCACCAUGACCUCAGAAGCCAAACUGGAGGAAGGAAAGAUAAUGGAAAGGAGGAAGAAGAUUGCACUGGAAUUAUCAGACCUGGUCAUCUACUGCAGACCCGUGCCAUUUGACGAAGAAAAGAUUGGCACAGAGCGGGCCUGUUUCCGGGACAUGUCAUCCUUCCCUGAGACAAAGGCAGAGAAGUACGUCAACAAGAUUAAGGGGAAGAAGUUCCUUCAGUACAAUCGACUGCAGCUGUCCAGGAUCUACCCUAGAGGCCAGAGAUUAGACUCUUCCAACUACGACCCACUGCCCAUGUGGCUUUGCGGGUCCCAGCUGGUAGCACUUAACUUCCAGACUGCAGACAAACCCAUGCAGAUGAACCAGGCCCUGUUCAUGCUGAACGGAAGGAGCGGCUACGUCCUUCAGCCGCCCAUCAUGAGGGACGACAUCUUCGAUCCCUUUGACAGACACACACUACGAGGCCUCGACCAAAUCACUCUAGAGAUAGAGAUCUUGGGCGCCCGGCACCUGCCCAAGCACGGACGCGGCAUCGUGUGUCCUCUGAUCGAGAUCGAGGUGUGCGGAGCGGAGUAUGACAGCGCCAAGCAAAAAACAGACUCAGCAGCUGAUAACGGUCUGAAUCCCAUGUGGGUGAGAAAGUCGUUCCAGUUCACAGUGUGCAACUCUGCUUUUGCCUUCCUGCGUUUUGGGGUUUAUGAGAUCGACAUGUUCAGCGACCAAAACUUCCUGGCCCAGGCCACAUUCCCCCUUCACGGCCUCAAGACUGGUUACCGGUCAGUACCUUUGAAGAACAGCUACAAUGAGGACCUGGAGUUGGCUUCUCUGUUAGUCCACAUGGACAUCGUCAGCGGCCGGGAUGAAAACGGUGAGGUCCUCAGCCCGUUCCUCGGAGUCGGGGCCACACCAGUGUCGGUUUUGCCGACGGCCUCGGCCCAAGUGGGACGGGAACUGGGCUCGGUGUCCUCGACGUCCUCCAGCAUGUCUCCUCUGCCCCAGUCGCCGGCCCAGGCCAUGGCCUACAGAGGGAGAGAGGGCUCCUUCGAAUCGCGCUACCAGUCCCCCAUGGACGACUUGAGGGCGUCCCAGGAGGCCCUGCUGGAGCAUUUGGACGCACAGAGCAGAAAGGUGUUGCGGAAGAACAGAGUGGGCGGAGAGAACCGUGUCUAAGUCCAAGCCAAUCAGGACAUAUUUCUGUUGCCCCCCCCCCCACACCCCACAGCCCCACACCCACCCUCAACCCAGUCGCCUCCCCCCCCCGUACUGAUGAUGUCACUGACUGCUGUGAACACUGUUUCCAUGGAAACGCUCACCACCGCUUUGGCCUACAUUUCAGGCAGCUCUCCCUCCCUCCAUUCUCCAAACGCCCCCCCCCCUUCUCUCUCUCUCCCUCUCUCUCUCUCUCUCGCUCUCUCUCCCCCCCUCCCUCGCUGCCCCCAGUCCUCCCCACCACUCGCCUGAUGGGAAGGAGGGACUCAGACAUUGGAGGGGCAGGGGUGGGAAGGGAGGGGGGGGUGGCCUGCUGAGAGGAAGCUGACCACCGUGGACAGGAAGAAGAGACGACACUCAGAGCAGAACAAAAAGCUGAAAGAGUCGCAGCCCUGGACUGGUCGUCUCGAGUUUUAGGUUCACAACAGCUGCUUAGUUUGGAGGUAAAGAGAGAGCUAUAAAAGGUAUCAGUUUGAAACUGUUUCCAGUUAAGUUUCCUCGCUCUUCUCUAUUUGGCGUAUAUGAAUAUAUAUAUUUAUUCCUGCUGUGCUGUUGGCCAGAGAACAGCAGCAGCUGACCUGCUCUCAAAGAGCUCCUGUCUUCAUGUUUUUAAUUAUUAUAAUUAUUUAAACCUUUAAACGUUCAUAAUGUGAUUUUUCUUUUUUCUUUUUUUUUUAAAUGUAUAUGUGUAAAACAUGAGGGCUCUCUCCGGCUAUUUUUAACGUCUCUUCUCUGCUUUGUGGAGGAAUUUAUUUAUCGCCUCCAGUUUAACUCAUACCCCCGAAACCUGGAGAUUUUUUUUUUAUUGUUUUGUUUUUUGUUGAAGGCAUCAGGAAGAAGUCCUAGCCUGUUUGUGUUGGAAGCAGUGAGAGAGCAGCAGCAUCACGUAUACAAACACUCUUUUAUUCCUAACUUACAUUCCACAAAAUUAUUAAAAAAAAAUCACACAUCAUUCCAUUUCCAGGCCGGUCUGACACAUUCAAACAUCGCCCCCCCCCCCCUCGCUGAUAGUCUUACUCCACCACGAUCCUGGCUAACACCUGACUGUGUGAUGAAGCAGGGAUAAAAAAAAAAAAAAUAAUGGGUCUGGGCAUGAAUGAGGAUUGUGUUCAUGUUUGUAGUUUUUAUUUUUUGUCAAUGGGAACACAGUUGUGCGCCAGGGCUGCAGGUUACAGAUCAUUCUGCUCAAUAAUAUGAACCUCGCUAACAGUCACAUUUAGCUGUAGUGGUUUACAGAGCAUCAACUAUGUGCUUGUGGCUAUCACAUCUGUCGGUGUGACAUAAAUUAUGAAAGAUUGUAAUACAAUAACUCCACUAUUAACUAUGCAGCCCUAGGUUCCCCUGAUUUAUGGUGUAGUUUUUUUGAAAUAUUUUUUUUUGAAUUGAAUGUUUUUUUUUCUUGAAACAACGUCUGGCCACUUUAUUCACUGUUUUAAUUUGUUCACAACAGCUGUGCCCACAGAAGCCUCAGAUUUACGAUGACCCGUGAACGCGGCGGACGUUUUAUUUUUGGCAAAACGUUUUUAACUCGACCAGCGUUUUUUUUUACUGUGACCAAAUUGUUUUAGAUUUGUCAGCGUUGGUAAAAUAUUUGUUUCCCCGUGUUUGAAUGACAAAAGAAAUUCAGUAUUGUCGGGCGACUUGUAUAAAGUAUGAAAUAUGAAGCCAUCUGGUACGUACUGCUGCACCACAACGCGUCGUCGUGGUUGUGGUGGUGGUUUCUUUUGGUGGGGGGGAAGUUUAUUCUCACCGCCAAGCUGCUGGUUCAUGGAUCAUCGCUCCCAGUGUUAGACUCAUGCUACUCUUUACUUGGUGAUCGAGACGUCUCUGGAGGUAGAUGCCGGUGCCCUUAAACGUGCAGGGAGCUGUCUCUUCCUGUGUUUGCGGUCUGAGCGUGCGAUUGGCCUGAACGGGCUGAGCUUGUUGUGGCCGAAGGAGGACAGAGGUGGGUUGUGCCUUCAGUGAACCUAGACGUGUGUAAACGACAGUGUUCUCUUCACAGGUUUGUAUCUGGAAACAGUGUCUUCUCUCUUUGUGUUGUAAGCCCAAAACCUUCACUCAGUGUUGGAGACACUGAGACGCACCUAAGCCAUAUGGUAUGAUUUUAAUGUAAAAAGCAGGGCGAGGAGUGAAUACUUGAUGCCUCCCCCUCCUCCCCGAUAUUAAUUAAUCCCGAAGCUCCUCCAUAUUACGUUUAUUUUUGUGGACGAUGAACGGUCUUGUUGGAGAGUCGACCCCUUUCCGAUGCUGCAUUGCUCUUAUUGCUGACCUGUCUGCUAAUGUCUAUGUGCCUCCAUCACAUUUAAAGCCACAUCUUUCACCCGCCGGGCGUAAAAGCACCUGCACAGCCGAGGUGCACCCACACAGGUGCGGCCGCUUAUUUCGACUGACCGACCAACACUCUGCUGUUCAUUUCGUCGUCAUGAAGGGACAAAGUGUCCUCCCACCAACCUGUAAUGAGGACAGAUCAACCGGAAUAACUAAAGGACACCUGUGUGGGCGCACGAGGCCCUUAACCGUUUUUUUUUUCCUCUUUUCUUUUCUCCAACCUUGUCUUUUUUUUUUUUUCCACUUUGUUAGCGACAGUCUCAUUUACAAUCGCCUUUCUGUAAUGUGCCUAAACUAUGGAGAGGAAAAAGUAUUCAUUUUAAUUUUUGCCUUUCAUAUGAAACAUAUUCAAGCCUGAAAAGUAAAUAAAAUACUUAACUACUUUA